UUUCAAAUUUCGACCUUUCGGGAAGCCGUGAAAUUUUUCGAGAAAGGGAGAGAAAGAGGAGAGAUGAGUAACAGCUCGUUGUCGUCGUCGCCGGCUCGCUCCUCGAUCUCGACUACAGCAGUCGCAGGUGCAAAUGCUCCAUCUUCCAUCACAGUCGAUGAUUUCCUCUUACAGGCCGAUCUCACCUCCUUCCAAGAUUCCAAGGACGAGGCUCUUGCCGUCCUGAAAUCAGAUUUGAUGGCUACACUUAAUAAGGAGGUCAAAUCCUUGGAUGAAGAUAGCUGGAUGUUUGAUGGUCCUCGUUCCCGCAUUCAGCUUAUAUCAAGACCUGGGGGGCUUGUUGAGAAGCAUAAAGAUAUGGCAAGGUGCCAUAAUUUUGCCCCACCAAAGUGAUUCGGAGUUGUUCAAAUGAGUAGCAUACAUAGCCAGGGAGCUAUUUAGAGGUUUUGUUACAUUGACCAUUCGAAUCUCCAUUCUUGCCAAUUGGAGAGCCUGCUGUUUCAUUCAAGGACCAAUGUGCCCGAACCACCUGCUUAAUUUUGUUAAGCUUGUAGGAAAUGCUCUUUUUUGUGUGUGGUGCAUUUAUGUAUGUAUAAAGUUAUUGAUUAGAAUAUCUUAAAGAAAAAAAAACAAAAACAUUUAGGUAAA